CUGGCAACAGUAGAGAGAUAAUUGAAGACAGUAUAAUCGAACAAUACCAAAAUCUCGAGGUAGUCACUUGGAAAAUAAAAAAUCCUGUUUUUAUAACAGCAGCUAACAUUUGUAUUGCAUUUUGCGCACCAUUAUGGCGUCAACAACACAAAUGGCGCCAUUUCCGCAUCCGCUGCACAGCGGCAGCAGCAGCAGCAGCAGCAACAACAACAAAAACAGCAACAAMGCCGACAAGCGGCAGCGACACACAAAAAUCCCACCACAAGCGCACCUGAGGCGUCGGCUUCACUGCAGUAACAACAACAACAAUAUUAGCACCAACAACAACAAGGACAAAAAARCCACCAACAACACCAUUAGAGCCACACUGUCAUUGUUUUGUCAGUUUCUCACGACAUACUGCAUACUUCUAACGGCAAGCGGAAGCGUGCGAAUGGCACGAGCACAAGAUGAACCGCUUAGCGCCACUAACGCCGUGACCGCACCAGGUCACCACGCGCAAUACUCCUACGCUGCCGCCCUACCGAGUGCAUUCCAUUGCCCGGCCGAAGGUUUAUAUGCCGACGAUUACGACUGUCGUAUCUACUACCGCUGCGAAGCGAAAACAAAUGACUAUAUCAAAGCUUAUGCAUUCGCCUGCAAAUCUGGCACCGUAUUCUCGCGCAACCUACGCCUCUGCAUGCCACCCCAGCUGUCCGGCCGCGAGGAAUGCAGCGAUUACAUGAACGAAAUUGAUACGGACAAUGGCGAUAAUGGUGUUGAUGGCCAACAACUGCCGCUACUGACAUAUGGCAGUGCCAAUAACGGUAAUGGCACAUACGCGACCGCAAGCGAUACGGGUGCGAAUAUCGACACCGAUGCUGCUUCAUUCGCUGCCGCUGCCACUGCCGCUGAAACUGCAACGCGUGGUCAAUUGCAAAAUUAUGGGCUGUCAGGUUUGGGUGGCGUUUCCGUAAUUUCCUUUUCCACAUCGGUGGCGCGUUCAGCGGGUGGCAAUGCCAUUGACGAACAGGGACCACCUUGCGAAGAUGAUGGAUUUAUGAGCGAUCCAGACGACUGCACAAUCUUCUAUCGGUGCAUUUCGAAUGGUCGGACUUUCAAUAAAAUCGGUUUUCGUUGCUCGGACGGCACCGCGUGGGAUGCCGCUUUGGAAUCGUGUAACCACAUACACAACGUGCGUGCCAGUGGUGGAUGUAAAGGGAAGGCUGAUAAUUUAGUAUUGGCCGACUACGACGCGGCUACAACUCAAUCGACACAAAGCAACUAUCAAAAUACUACAACUUCGAGCAGCAGUAGCCAGCAGAGUUCGACUAGCUCAUCCUCAAACACGUCCUCGUCGUCAUCAUCUUCGUCCUCGUCGAAUACUGCUAGCUCAAGUGCGUCGAAUACCAGCGGUGCAGGUGGCAAUCAGCAGCAAACAAGCACUCAAUCAAGCAGCACUGAGAGUAAUUCUUCCAACCAGCAAUCGCAAUCAAGCACACAGAGCUCAAGUUCAAGUAGUCAACAAUCAUCGACUUCGAGCACAAGUUCAACAUCUACAUCAAGUUCUAAUCACGGCGCCAGUAGCAAUCAAUCAAGUGCAAACAAUCAAUCGAAUUCAAGCAAUCAGCCUGGCAGUAAUAGCUCUAAUAAUCAAUCGAGCUCAAACAAUCAAUCUAGUUCAAGCAAUCAGUCGGUUUCCAAUAGCCAAUCAGGAUCAAACAAUCAAUCUAGUAACACGGAGCAAUCAAGUUCAAGCAAUCAAUCUAAUACAAAUAAUCAAUCUAGUUCUGGCAGCCAGACAGCCGCCAAUAAUCAAUCGAAUACCAGCAGUCAAACAGCCACGAACAAUCAGUCUUCUGGUAGUAGUUCUAGCAAUCAAUCUAGUUCAGGUAAUCAAUCAGGUUCAACUAGCCAAUCUGGGUCUAAUAAUCAAUCUGGUAGCAACAAUCAAUCAAGCUCGAACAAUCAGUCUGGUAAUAGCAAUCAAUCAAGCUCAAGCAGCCAAUCUAGUUCAAGCAAUCAAUCUGGUAGCAACAAUCAAUCGAGCUCGAGUAACCAAUCUAAUUCAAACAAUCAAUCAAGCUCGAGCAAUCAAUCUGGUGGCAAUAAACCCAAUACAGCCACCGAAUGUAAGAAUGACGAAACUUACAUUCCCGAUAAGGAGGAUUGUACAAAAUUCUACCGCUGUCGGGAUAAUGGUAAUGGUGCUUUGGAACAAGUGCCGUUUGCAUGUGGACCCGGCACUAUUUGGAACCAAGAUGAGAAAGUUUGUGAUAUACCUACUAGCGAGCAGAAGGAAAAAUGUAAAGCGAUGCUUAACAUAGGUGGCCCUACAAACACUACCAGUAGCAGUAAUCAGCAGACGGAAAAUCAACAAUCAGGUAGUGGUCAACAGAGCUCCAACAACCAAACAACAACGAGCAAUCAAUCAAGCUCUUCAAGCAAUCAAUCCUCUUCAGCCGGCAGUCAAACUAGUAGCUCAAACCAAUCUGCCUCAAGUAGCAAUCAAUCUAGUUCCUCCAACCAAUCCAAUAACAAUCAAUCCAAUAAUCAACAAGAGCAGCAAACAAACCAAACGACCACAGCUCUAAAACCUUCCAAUCCAGAUGGAGAUUGCAAAGACACUGAGACAUACUUAGCUGAUAAAUCGGACUGUCGUCGCUUCUAUCGUUGUGUCGAUAACGGCAAUGGAGGUUUUGAUAAGGUUGCUUUCGAUUGUGCACCCGGUGCAGUGUGGGAUCCAGAUAUCCUAGGUUGCAAUCACCCGACGGAUGUGCAAAAAGAGCAAUGCCGUGUUAUGGCAACUGGUGGUACUAGUUCAAACGCGACAUCGAGUCAACAAUCUUCGAGUAACAAUCAAUCUUCGAGUUCAAACCAGCAGUCAUCAGGAAGCAAUCAAUCUGGUUCAAAUCAGCAGUCAUCUGGUAGUAAUCAGACUGGUUCCUCAAGCUCGACACAGGGAUCUUCAAGCAAUGAACAAUCAAGCACUUCAAGUAGUACAGGUUCAAGUCAGCAAUCAUCUGGUAGUAGUCAGUCUGGUUCCUCAAGCUCGACACAGGGAUCUUCAAGCAAUGAACAAUCAAGCACUUCAAGUAGUACAAGUUCAAGUCAGCAAUCAUCAUCAAGCGGCACACAAUCAAGUAGUUCAAGCAGCAGUCAGGAAAAUUCAACAAACCAAAGUACUGCAACCUCACAAAGCUCGAGCAGCAGUCAAGGCUCCUCUACAACUCAAGGCUCUUCAACAACACAAGGUUCAUCAACCAGUCAACAGGGCACCACAACACAAGGAUCGAACAGCCAAGGUUCGACAACAACACAAGGUACAAACUCCACAACUACAAUUCAAUCAAAGCCAUCAGGUAAUUGCGACAGUAAAACAAAAUAUGUGGGUGAUGAAAAGGAUUGCGCCAAAUUUUAUCGCUGUGUUGAUAAUGGUAAGGGUGGUUAUGAUAAAGUACCGUUUACCUGUGGACCAGGAACUGUUUGGGACAGCGUAAUUGUCGCCUGUAAUCAUCCGUGGGCGGUGAAGGAUAAAAGCUGUGGCACAGGAAGCGCCAGCCAGCAAUCACCAACCACACAAAUAACUCAAGCACCGCAAGUUUCUAGUACUACGGUUCCUCAGCAGUCUACAACACCACCCACACAAGUGCAAAAGCCGACCACUUCACGGCCUACGCAAACUACUAAUCGUCCCGGUAACACUACACAGUCUCCCAUAAGUGCGCCACCCACUAUAAGCACGCAGAGACCAAUUGUGACGCCUGGAAUAUGCCGAACGGACGGCUUUAUUGGAGAUCCUAAAGACUGCACCAUUUUCUAUCGUUGUGUAAGCAACGGUCAAGGUGGCUUUACGCAAUAUCCGUUCAAGUGUGGAGAUGGCACAGUAUGGGACAACGAAUUACAGACAUGCAAUCACGAUUUAAAUAAGUGUAAUCCAAAUUCUGGCACUGGUAAACCUACAACUGCUCAAAGUCAAGUUACGACAACUAUAUCACCUUCGACCACGCCAAUCACAUCGCGACCCACCACCACUCAUGGGCAGUCUUCGACGCAAACUCCAUCUUUUGAAUCAACCACUCAAACAACUACGGUCAUAGCUGAGAAGCCAACCACAAUCUCAACUCAACCCCCAUCGACUGGGUCUACAACAGAGGCUAUUUCGACCACACCGUCAACUACAAACCCUACGACCGGUGCUUCAACGCAACCUUCGACAACUGAAAGCGACUCGACAACAUUUCAGCCCACAUCAACCACGCCCAUACCGAAUUUACCUCCGGGACAAACAUGUCAAGGUGAAGGUUAUAUGGCUGAUCCAAUGAAUUGCAGGAAGUUCUAUCGUUGUGUUCGCGAUGGAGAUUCUUACACAAAAUAUGAAUUCAUCUGUGCCAAGGGUACAGGUUGGAGCGAGGAUAAGCAAACUUGUGAUUACGCAACAAAUAUUGAGCGAUGUGAUGGACAAACCGAGGAACCGGAGACCUCGACCGUCACUACGGAAACCACCAUCGAAAGUUCUACUACUACGGUAACAGCCGAAAAUCCAACCACAGAACAGAGCUCGACAACUACGACCGUAACGGAUAAACCAACAACAAUUCCAACGGAAACCACCACAGUCCCGUCGUCAACGGCCUGGACAACAACUGCAAUACCUUCGACAACAACUGCCACAUCAACAUGGAGCACAGAAACUGGGGAUGACUCUACCACAACAUCACAACCAACAUCGAGCACGCCUAUACCGAAUUUACCACCAGGACAAACUUGCCAAGGCGAAGGCUAUAUGGCUGAUCCAUUAAACUGCAGAAAGUUCUAUCGUUGUGUUCGCGAAGGGGAUUCAUACACGAAAUAUGAGUUCACCUGUGCAAAGGGUACAGGUUGGAGCGAGGAUAAGCAAACUUGUGACUACGCGCCAAAUAUUGAACGGUGUGAAGGACAAACCGAGGAACCAGAGACCUCGACCAUCACCACGGAAACCACCAUCGAAAGUUCUACCACUACGGUAACAGCCGAAAAACCAACCACAGAAGAAAGCUCAACAACUACACCCGUAACAGAAAAACCGACCACAGCUCCAACGCAAACCACCACGGUCCAAACGUCUACAGCUUGGACUACAACGGAGAUACCUUCGACAACGACUUCCACAUCGACAUGGAGCACAGAAGCUGGGGAUGACUCUACCACAACAUCACAACCAACAUCGAGCACGCCUAUACCGAAUUUACCACCAGGACAAACUUGCCAAGGUGAAGGCUAUAUGGCGGAUCCAAUGAAUUGCAGGAAGUUCUAUCGGUGUGUUCGUGAAGGGGAUUCAUAUAUGAAAUAUGAGUUCACUUGUGCCAAGGGCACAGGUUGGAGCGAGGAUAAACAAACUUGUGACUACGCGACAAAUAUUGAACGGUGUGAAGGACAAACCGAGGCGCCUGAAACCUCAACCGCUACUACAGAAGCCUCAGUCGAAAGUUCUACUACUACAGUUACAGCAGAAAAACCAACCACAGAAGAGAGUUCGACAACUACGAUCGUAACGGAAAAACCAACCACAGAAGAGAGCUCAACAACUACGACCGUAACGGAUAAACCAGCAACAAUUCCAACGGAUACCACCACAGUCCAAACGUCAACAGCAUGGACCACAACGGGAAUACCUUUGACUACGACCGCUACAUCGACAUGGAGCACAGAAGCUGGAGAUGACUCUACAACAACACCGCAACCAACAUCGACCACGCCGGUACCAAAUUUACCACCAGGACAAACUUGCGAAGGCGAAGGCUAUAUGGCAGAUCCAAUGAAUUGCAAGAAAUUCUAUCGUUGUGUUCGCGAAGGCAAUGGAUACACGAGAUAUGAAUUCACAUGUGCCAAGGGCACAGGUUGGAGCGAAGAUAAGCAAACUUGUGACUACGCUGGAAAUAUAGAACGAUGUGAAGGACAAACUGAAGAGCCUGAAACGUCUACCCGUCCUACAGAAACGACAUUGAAUACUUCAACAACCACCAAACCCACUGAAUGGACAACAACUACACAAUCGGCGCAAACAAACCCAAUACCCGACUCUACUACACAGCAAACAACAACAAUAGAAACAUCAACACUUCCUGAAAGCUCCAGUGUCACUGAGAGCUCGAGCACCAAUUUCCCGGAAACGACCACAACAGUGCAACCACAAACGACUAUGACCAUUCCAACGGAUACAACACAGUACCCAGUCACUUUAAAGCCGGGCUAUAAACCCACCACAGAUAAACCGGUUACCGACUCUACCACAACUCCGACGACUACCGAAGAAUAUCCGAGCACAACAGUCGAACCAGUUAAUCAUGUCUGCACCAAUGAAGGUUUCUACCCCGAUCCACAGGAUUGCAAUCGUUACUAUCGUUGUGUUGAUGCAAGUAAGAACGGUAAAUAUCAAAUUUAUAGCUUCCGCUGUCCGGACGGUACCGUUUGGGACACAUCGCUAGAGACAUGCAACUUCCCCGACAGUGUGUCGGGUAAUUGCUCAAGUGCUCCAGGCACAACAACAGAAGGUACUACAACGGAGUGGACGACCACUAGUCCUACCGAAAAACCCACUGAGAAGCCAGAAAAACCAACCACGGAGCAAACAACAACCGAUGAACCAACAACUAUACCAACAACUCCAACCACAGAACAAUCUACUACAACAACACAAGAGCCGUCAACAGAACCUACUUCCACAACGGUAUUCACAACCACUGCUGAACCAACCACAACUACCGAAAUAUAUUCCACCACGGAGCAGUCUACCAUCCCACCAACAACAACAACAACUCAAUCAGUAACAACAAUAAAACCAGGCCCUGUUACAAAUGACAGCUCGCCCUGCCCCCAAACCGGUGAAGGUCAAAACACUUUUGUCUGCCCAACCGGCUUUCGGCGGCAUCCGAAGAGUUGUGACUUAUUCUAUCAAUGUACCGAGAAAGCCGAGAGCUACGAUUUGGCAAUAACCGUUUUCGAGUGUCCCAAAGGCACGGUGUAUCAUGAACAACGGAACCUUUGCGAUAAGCCUACUAAAGACGACAACUGUCUGAAGAAAUCGAUAACGCGAUCGGGUCUCUACGACGACCAGAUAAGACUCAUGAAUAUGAUAAAAAUUCGUUCUGUCGGCGAGUCACUGUGCCCCAACGAAGGCCACUUUGCACUAAACAAGGACGAAUGCAGUCAACUCUUCAUCAAAUGUGCUCACUCGCCGACGACGGGUCGGCUGGAAGGCCAAGUCUACCGCUGCCCGCAAGGUUUCGCCUAUUGGGCUGUUAGUCGGCGCUGCGAACGUGCACAGAAACUGCUCAAUUGCAUGCCGGCUAAAUAUGAGACCGGCGGCGAUUUGCCCGUAGAAUGGGCGAACAUAGGCAAUCGACGCAGAAAUUUGAAAGUUUAAGCUUGACACUGAGUAUGAAAAAACUUGCGAGGGAAAUUAACUCCCUAACUAAUAUUAAACAAUAAUCCAUAUUUAUUUAAGUUAAUUUUUAGUGUUAUGCUUAGAAUGCAUAUCAAUAUUCAAAUUGUUUGCGGCGCAUGCGCUCGGUACAUUUUGCACGCGUGGCAUGCGCUGCAAAUGACGCAAGAAUAUUUGUAAUUAGUGCUUAGGCGUGUACUUAUGUAAUAAUUACUACUUAAAUUAGUCACUGCUUUAGCUUAAUGUUAUUAUACACAUAUUUACUUAUAGAUAUGUGUAUAUAUGUGCUUAGCAUUGGGUCAAAAUCAUUUUGUAAGCGGUGUUGGUAUUUAUUGAACGAAAGAUAUAUGAUUUACCGUACAUGUAUCGGAUAAAUAUAUUCCCCCUUAUAGACUCAUAAGUGAAAAUUCUAUUCAAAUAUUAAUAAAUUAUUUAAUAAGUUAUUAUUAUUAUUUCGAUGUACUUCGGUAAGCGUUAAGAAGGCGCUACCAAAAUGCCAUAAACAGUUUUGAAUUAAAUUAAUAAUUUUAAA